CGAUAAGUCAACGUAAUAUCGAACUUAUCAAGUAUAUAAAGAAUAACCAAAAUGUCAGACUCAACCAAAUUGUUUAGAAUUAAUUGUGGAUAUCAAAAUUAUGAUUGGGGGAAAAUUGGAUCUUCUUCAGCCGUAGCUCAAUUCGCUAGUGAAUCUGAUCCUACUGUUAAAGUUGAUGAAUCUAAGCCUUAUGCUGAAUUAUGGAUGGGUACUCAUCCUUCUGUACCUUCAAAAGAUGUUAACACUGGAAAGACUUUACGUGAAUUAGUUACAUCUGAUCCAAAAACUUAUUUACAUUCAUCUAUUAUUGAAAAGUUUGGUUCUAGUCAAGAAUUACCAUUUCUCUUUAAAGUAUUAUCAAUUGAAAAAGUUUUAAGUAUUCAAGCUCAUCCUGAUAAAAAAUUAGGUGCUCAAUUACAUGCUGCUGAUCCAAAGAAUUAUCCUGAUGAUAACCAUAAACCAGAAAUGGCCAUUGCCAUUACUUCAUUUGAAGGUUUUUGUGGAUUUAAACCUUUAGAACAAUUAGCUAAAACUUUACAAACUGUUCCUGAAUUACAUGAUAUUAUUGGUACUCAAAUUGUUAAUGAAUUUGUUAACAAUAUUAAACCAAAUGCUGAAAUUGAUAGUACUGAAGAUAUUUCUAAUAGAAAAUUAUUACAAACUGUAUUUGGUAAAUUAAUGAAUACUCCAGAGUCUAUAAUUAAUGAAAAAGCUGCUUCAUUAGUUAAGAGAUCAGAAUCUGAACCUGAAGUAUUUACCAACAUUGACUCCAGAUUACCAAAUUUAAUUCAAAGAUUAAAUAAACAAUUCCCUAAUGAUAUUGGAUUAUUCUGUGGUUGUUUAUUAUUAAACCAUGUUGAUUUAAACCCUGGUGAAGCUAUGUUUUUACAAGCCAAAGAUCCACAUGCUUAUAUUAGUGGUGAUAUAAUUGAAUGUAUGGCUGCUAGUGAUAACGUAGUUAGAGCUGGAUUUACUCCAAAGUUCAAAGAUGUUAAGAAUUUAGUUGAAAUGUUGACAUACUCUUAUGGUUCAGUAGAAAAACAAAAAAUGCCAUUAUUAUCAUUUGCCAAAUCUCAUGGUGAAGCUGCCAAAUCUGUGUUAUACAAUCCACCAAUUGCCGAAUUUGCAGUUUUACAAACUAUUUUCGAUCAUGCCGGUAAAACUCAAAGCUUUGAUGAAUUUGAUGGUCCAUCAAUUGUUAUCGGUACCAAAGGUGAAGGUUCUAUCAAGAUCAAAGGUGCUAAAGAAUCUCUUCCAUUCAAAACUGGUUAUGUCUACUUUGUUGCUCCAGAAGCUGCUAUUGAAUUAACCUCUUCUGAUAACGAAUUUACUACUUAUAGAGCCUUUGUUGAAGCCAAUGUUUAAGCUCAAGUUAACAUUUAAAAAGUUGACAUUUAACAUUUAACAAUCCUCUACAUAUGCCCUUUAUUUCUACAUGGCCACUUCUACUUAUAUACAUUUAAAAUACCCUAAUAAUUAUAUUAUAUACCUAUAAUAGUAUACUACGCACCACGCAUCCGCCUAAUAAUUUGUACCCAUUUUAGUGGACAAAAAAUUUUCAACGAAAAAAAUCGUACUGGUCCAGAUUUCACAACG